CACCAUUGUCACAAACAAAUGGUACCUCUAUCAAUAUCAAUCUCCAGUACUGCUAAAUCUGCCACCACUAUAAAUUGGCAGCUCCUCUCUUCUUCCCUCCAAUUCACUUCACCAUUAAUAACUUCAACUUCUCUUGGCUUUGUUCAGCGACUAUCGGCCCCUUCUAGCCUUGCUAUUGCUAAAUACUACCACUAUUCAACGGUUCCUCGAAUCUUAGCAUACAAGGGAACUGAAGCAGAAUUUGGAGCGAAAAGGAAAGAAGAAAUGACGAUCACGCCGGCAGUACGGAUUGCGGAAAAGAAGCUGGUGGUGAAGGACAGGACAAUACUGACGAACGUGCCGGACGAUGUGAUUGCCACGUCGGGGUCGGCGUCAGGACCGGUGGAGGGCGUGUUUUUAGGCGCUGAAUUCCAUAAGGAUAACAGCAGGCACGUGGUGUCGCUUGGGACAUUGCGUGACGUACGAUUCAUGGCUUGUUUCAGAUUUAAAUUAUGGUGGAUGGCCCAAAAGAUGGGAGAUAAAGGGCGCGAAAUUCCACUGGAGACCCAAUUUUUGAUGCUGGAAACCAAAGACGGGUCGCAUCUUGAACCCGAGAAUGGUGGAGACGAUGAUAAGAAGAUUGUUUACACGGUUUUUCUCCCGUUAGUCGAAGGACCAUUUCGAGCGGUUCUGCAGGGGAAUUCCCAGGAUGAGCUGGAAAUGUGUCUGGAGAGUGGGGAUACCGACACUGUCGGAUCAUCUUUUACGCAUUCGCUUUAUAUUAGUGCUGGCACUGAUCCUUUCGCCGCCAUCACCGAUGCCAUCAGGGCCGUUAAAUUACAUCUCAAGAGCUUCAGGCAGCGGCACGAGAAGAAGUUGCCUGGAAUUAUUGAUUACUUUGGAUGGUGCACGUGGGAUGCUUUUUACCAGGAGGUGACCCAGGAAGGAGUUGAGGCUGGCAUUGAGAGCCUUUCCGCAGGCGGGACCCCACCCAAGUUUGUCAUAAUUGAUGAUGGAUGGCAAUCUGUGGGAGGAGAUGAAGCUAAGGAGGAGAAAAGAGAUGAUGUGGAGUCUGAGAAGCAGCAGCCGCCCUUAAUGAGAUUAACUGGGAUUAAAGAAAAUUCCAAGUUUCAGAAGAAGGAUGAUCCCACCGUGGGGAUCAAGAAUAUAGUGAAUAUUGCUAAGGAGAAACACGGGUUGAAGUAUGUGUACGUGUGGCACGCGAUUACUGGAUAUUGGGGUGGGUUAAGGCCUGGAGUGAAGGAGAUGGAGGAUUAUGGGCCAAUAGUGAAGUAUCCCAGUAUCUCCAAAGGAGUCAUGGAGAAUGAGCCAGGGUGGAAAACUGAUCCAAUUGCCGUGCAGGGGUUGGGUCUGGUGAAUCCCAAAAGUGUCUACAAGUUUUAUAGUGAAUUGCAUAAUUACUUGGCUUCUGCUGGGGUGGAUGGGGUAAAGGUGGAUGAGCAGUGCAUAUUGGAGACUCUUGGUGCUGGUUUGGGUGGUAGAGUUGAGCUGACCAGGCAGUAUCACCAGGCUCUUGAUGCUUCCAUUGCUAAGAAUUUUCCUGACAAUGGCUGCAUUGCUUGCAUGAGCCACAACACUGAUGCACUUUACUGUUCCAAACAGACGGCCAUAGUGAGGGCGUCGGAUGAUUUCUUUCCGCGUGAUCCUGUAACGCAUACCAUUCAUAUUGCUGCAGUUGCGUACAACAGUGUUUUCCUCAGUGAAUUCAUGCAGCCUGAUUGGGACAUGUUCCAUUCCCUCCAUCCAGCUGCUGAUUAUCAUGGUUCUGCCAGGGCCAUCAGUGGUGGCCCUAUAUAUGUUAGUGAUGCACCAGGGAAGCACAACUUCGAUCUCCUCAAAAAGCUCGUCUUGCCAGAUGGUUCAAUUCUUCGAGCCCGCUUGCCUGCUCGGCCUACCAAGGAUUGCCUUUUCUGUGAUCCAGCCCGUGAUGGUGUUAGCCUCUUGAAGAUAUGGAAUAUGAACAAAUAUGCUGGAGUCCUUGGAGUAUACAACUGUCAAGGUGCAGCAUGGAAUACUGUUGAGAGAAAGAACACGUUCCAUCAAACUAAAUCUGAAGCCAUAACGGGCUACAUUAGGGCCCGUGAUGUCCAUCUUAUAGCUGAAGUUGCCAUGGAUCCUGAAUGGACUGGAGAUUGUGCCAUCUACGGUCAUUGGAGCGGUGAACUUCUUACUUUGCCAUAUAAUGCAGCAUUGCCUAUCUCUCUCAAUGUCCUCCAGCAUGAAAUAUUUACAGUUACACCAAUCAAGGUCUUUGCUCCUGGAUUUAGCUUUGCGCCUAUUGGUCUCAUUGACAUGUUCAACGCUGGUGGAGCCAUCGAGGGAAUUAAAUAUGAUAUCAAGGAUGGAGCUCAGUUAUCUGAAGUGGAAAAAGGAUAUCAAGGGGAAGGUAACGCCUUUGCAGGAGAGGCAGUUGAGAACUUGAGCAUUAGAGUGGUUGCUGUUGUCCUAGUGGAAGUGAAGGGAUGUGGCAGAUUCGGUGCUUACUCAUCUACUAAGCCAAGAAAGUGCACUGUAGGAUCAAGUAUGAUUGAUUUUGCCUAUGAUUCAUCCUCUGGAUUGGUCACCUUUAACUUGGAUGAUAUGCCUUCUGAGGAUCAAAAAGUCCACAAUGUAGAGGUGGAAUUAUAGAUGCACUGCUCUUGGUGAGACCUGAGCAUGAUGAUGUGCGAACUUAAGGUGCUAUUGCCAUUAGUGGCAUGCGGAUGAAAAUGUACCAUGAUACAGGAUCUGAAAAAGGCUCGCGGGAUCCAACCUAAUAGCCAGAGGGGAGGUCAAGCUCAGAUUAAUCAUCUGUUGUCAUGAAUACUGUGCUAUUUUUUGCUGCAAUUUCUUCCACUUGCAUAAAGUUGCAGCCCCUGGCUCUUGUUUAAACUUAGAUCGAUGUCAAUUCAAACGAUGCUGAAUAUAUCGUUCUCUUUGGUUUCUAAUAGUAUAAAAUGAUCUCACGUUACUCCAA